AUGUGUCAAGUUGGACGUGAUAUGGCUUAUAUGGCCACGAUGUUUCCGUUUUCACCACCGGUUGAAAAUAAUAAUACGCCACCCGCGGUGGAGGAAAUUAGUGAUCGUCUCGUAGAACAAAACAAUCGCCUUACACAAAUGAAACGUAAAAUGGAUGUAAUGCUUUUCGAAGACGAACCUCUAUUCAAAAAACAACUACAUUUUGCUACUGUUUUAAAGGUUGAUCCUGCAACCGAAUUAAAGAUUUCGUUGGCCGAGCCACCGACUACAAACAAUAGACGACCCGUUGGCGUUGUUGUGAGGUCAGCUCCGGUUGAUAUACCUAAAAAACGUUGUAUACAAUUAUUAUGA